AUGGAAGGACAGCAGUACCAAAUGCACCAGAUGAUCACAGACCUGGGUGAUCAGUUCCAGGCAGCCAUAAGGAACAUUCAAGCAGCUUCUGUAGCCAUUGCUACUCCUCCCCCUCCUGUUGCUCCAUCGAAUGAUACAGAUGGGCGCAUGAUGGAGAGAUUUCUCAAGAUGCAACCCCUUUGCUUUGUUGGGAUCACCAAAGACACCCUAUUGCCUGUUAACUGGGUGAAGGAGAUGGAGAAAGCUUUUGAAUUUCUGGGUUGCAAUGAGCAGCAGAAGCUCACUUGUACGAGGUAUAAACAUCAGUAUGAAGCAGAGGCCUGGUGGGAAACCAUUAAGCCUAUUCUCCAAGCUGCCCAUCCAGUCUUAACUUGGGACAUAUUCAAGCAGGCUUUCUUCGGGAACUACUUCCCCACUAGUGUGAAGAAGAGGAAAGAAGUCGAACUGGCUGAAUUGACACAGGGACCUAAAUCUGUAGAGGAUAAGCAAAGGGAUGCUUAUCAUGUUGGUCAAUCAACUGACAAGCGGAUAGCCCCGUUCUUUGAUAGGGGAUACAGCAAAUUCAGUAAGUCUUCUGGAUCUACUACAGUAUCAUCUUUCCCACAGAGAACUCAGUCCGAGUCAACAGUGUCUGGACCAGUGUAUGCUAAUCCCAACACCAACACCAAAGCAACAGAUGCAGCGACCCCAAGUAAUGCAUUAACUUUCAAAUGCUUCACAUGUGGGCAAAUGGGGCAUACUUCCAGGACAUACCAACACAGGAGACCUAUACAUCCUACUCACCAGCCUACCACUAAGCCUCAAGGCUGGGUUUAUUCUAUAACCACCAGUGAAGCUGAGGCUAGUCAGAAUGUGGUGACUGGUACUGUUCUCAUUUGCUCUACCCCUGCAUACACUUUAUUUGAUACUGGAGUGACGCACUCCUUUGUGUCACCGACAUUUGCUAAGAGGACUGGUGUAUCACCCAAGAGUCUAGAAGUGGGUCUAGCAGUUAGUAUACCUACAGGGUCAAGGAUAGAUUUGGAUACACUGUAUGAGCCAUGUGCUGUGACAAUUGUAGGCAGAGAUAUGAAUGCUCACCUAAUCCAACUUUGUAUGACUGACUUUGAUGUCAUAUUGGGGAUGGAUUGGCUGGCGGCACAUAAGGCUACUGUACUCUGUGCAAAAAGGAAGAUAGUGUUCCAACCUACAGGCGAUAAGGGUUUUGUUUUUCUGGGAGACAAGAAGAAGAAACCAAGAAAGAUGAGGAAUUCCCUUAUGUCUUCCCAGAUGAUUUGA